CUUUCUAUUUCAGUAUCACUGUUCGUUUACCACAAAAUACUUCAUUGGCAGUAUUUGAUGAUUUCACCUGCUUUUCCUGGAAUACAAAAGAAAAAAGUAAUACUUGCGUUUUUUGUAAAUGUGUAGAAUCCUAACGUGCCACUGAGUCAUACUUGAUAUGUACGUAAAGAGGAAGCUGUGCUGCUGAAAAAUACAACACUUCAUAGUGACCAGCAACAAGCUAUUCUUUCAACUGUUCACGCAUUUCGGGAUCUUUACUGGGGCAGAAAUUAAAAAAAAAGGAUUUCUACUGAGAGGCUCUACUUGGAUAAAACCAUAGCCUGCUGGAAAACAAAAAUAAUUCAACUCCUCAGUCACAGAACUGCAAAACUGCACCAUCUUUAAGAAGCUGAGCAAUGCAUAGAAAUAUGAAGAGGGUAUUACUGCUUGCUUUACUGCUGGUUGUGUUUUUUCAAGUUGGCAACCACUAUUCACGUCAAAAUUCAUUACCGAUUUCAAGGAAAUCGGACACCAAUACUGAUGUCAGAACAAACUUUGCUCACAGUCACAGCAAUAGGUCAUCUAUCCCGCCUGGCACAGAGACAACAGCUUGUUCUGGAGAUGAUAGCUUUAUGAAGAUUAAAACAAACAUUUCUUUGAAUGGAACAAUAACUGUGAAAUACAGAGAACUGAAAAAUUAUAUUUUCUUUAAGAACAUUAAUGACAUUCCUCGAUGUGGAAAGGAAAAGCAGAGUCCUAACCAAGGGAAUUAUUACUUUUGCACUGAAGAUACGUCUACUUUUAUAAUUCACAUUGUGAAUGCAUCUCAAAAUGCUCAUGCAGGAACAUAUAGAUUAGAGUGGGGCACUGUCACUGGAAACAGCGUGAAACACGUAUUGAAAGUUGUAGAUUGCCAGACCAUUAAGCCAACUCAAGCAGGUCUGAAUUCCACAGAUUCAGAGAAACCCAAAGUAGGACAGACAGUGAAUAAAGUACUAAUUACUGCAGUAGUACUGAUAUCUGUAGUCACAAUUGCAGGACCUGUCAUUUAUCUGAAAAUCAGAUUUAGAAAAAAAUGCUGUCAGCGUUCAGCUUCACCUCACAGUGAAUUAUCCCUUUCACCACGUGAAACUCAAAGACGAUGAAUUUGUCAUACUGUGUCAGCAAAGGGAGAGCUGAGAACCAAUUGAAGGUUACUAUGUGGUUGGUACCAGAACUCUACAGUAUGCCAGCUUAUGAUAAUGGAAUAAACUUGAAAAUAACAGUG